ACCAGUAAACUCUUAAUAAGAUAAACGUAGGAUUUAUUGAACGAGUUGAACCAUAGAGUGAUUUCUUCGGAAAUAUCUUCAUAUUCAAACAACUGGUGGUCCACCGUGUUUAAAGUUUUAAAUAUCGCUGGUAAUACAUCUCUAUGUGUUUCAAUACCAGUGUUAGAGCAAUAUUUUUUUUUAAGGGAAAUCUAUUAUUACAGUUGCUGAUAUAGGAAAAUACAUGACAAUUGAGAUGGUUGCUUCUGAUUGGCAUAUUUCAUAUUGACGGUCCAAUAUAAUAUUAUAUACUAUAUCAAAGUUUUGCAUGCAACAAUAUGUCUAUAGAAACAAUAAUGUGUGUGGCAUUAAAAUAAUGAAUUCGUAAGCACGCUCAGCUUCUCAUGUUUGCGCAAGAUUUUAAGCCCGACUAUACCGGCAAUAAAGCUAUUGUUUGUGAAACAUUACACAAGAUGGAAUAUCAAACUAGCAAUAUGAUCGCACGAUGAGUAUGGGUGACGUCAAGAUCGAAAUAGACCGCCGCAUUACAGAUGGCACAUUUACCAAUUAUGAUAUUAUUAAGGGCUCGGUUACGCUCGUUGUAACUAAUUCCAUCUCACUCAAUUGGAUCCAAGUAAAAUUGGAGGGAGUUUCCCUGUCCCAGUUAUCAAUACCUCGUGUAGCGCUGGUUAACUCCAGGCGCAGAGAUCGUGAUAAAAAGGAUAAGAUUGUUCGUGACGUUCAUAAAAUAUUAUAUGAUACAGCGAUUGUAUUUCCUCCUGAUAAUGUUCGACAAGUCAGUCAAGCUAAAGAAUUUACAUUGACCCCAGGGAAUUAUUCAUAUCCCUUUGAAUUUAAAAUCCCGUUGAAUAAUUCAUGUGUUAAAAUGACGGGAAUAACCAAUAAAGUCACGUUUAACUCGAAAACAUUUGAUGUCAUGAUCAAUAAUGGGAAUUUUAAUCCAGCACUAAUUCAGAAUAAGGCUCAACAGCUAUAUCUGGAUUAUAUUAGUGGAACUCCGCCCUCUACUCCGGGAUCUUCGCAAGCUCCGCCACAGCAACAACAACAACACCUGUAUCAUAUAACAUCACAAUUACCACCAUCACUUAGUGGGAAUGGUGAAUUUGCCAGUAUAAAAUACUAUGUUAAAGUCACAUGCAAACGUUCAUCGUUUUUCAAGACAAAUUUACGAGCAUUUGAUCCAUUUAUAUUUCUUCCAUUAGAUUUGGAUGAAUACAAUAGACCUUUAAAUACCGUUGGUGGUGAUUAUGAAGAGUACAGAGAAGUAUUUGUUCGAAAAGAAUUGAUUUUCAAGAAUAGAAUCCCGGAGAUUGUUGGCGUGAAGAUUCCACCACCUGCUCCUCCUUCAAAAUCCGAACCACCAACAAAAGAUGUUCCAUUCUCGUUUGAAAUUAGGUUUAGACAUCCAGCAUUCCUUAUCCCUACCAAACGUCCUUCAUUUAAGCUCUUCCUUAUAUCGAACUUAAAUCCAGACCGUUAUUCCCUUGCUAAGUACGAACGUCCUGAAGAAUCAAAUGGAUUAGGUGUUGUUUACUUACAAAGAUUAACCAUCGAUUUAAUAUGUACUACUGCGGUGUCAGUAUUGGAAACUGAUGGGAAUAUGAAUGAAACACACAUGGGUAAGAAUGAAGAACGGAUAAAUAUAUGUAAUAACAAUUAUCAGAAUUUGAAAUUUGAUUUAAGAAAGUGUAAAAUCAACAAGAAAUGUGAUGCUUCAAAUGUUCGACUUUAUGAAUUGGAAAUCCCCAAAAAGUAUUUUGAGAAUUGUAUAUUACCUGAUUAUUUGGCACCUUCAUUCAAAACUUGUAAUAUUUCAAGAAAGUAUACCUUGGUUGUAACUGGAGGGUUCUCGGCUGAGAAAAUUGUUGAUUUUAAAAAUAGUAUUGAGGUGAAUAAGAAGAUUAAAUAUGUUGAUCUAGAUUGUCAAAACAUUAAAGUAUUGAGUGGGUUGCGUGUAACCAGUCAUUUACAAUCAAAUGCAUCACGAAGUUCAACAUCAAUUGUGCCUCCAUUACCAGAUCGGAAACAAUCACAAACCCCGCCAGUUACUGGUUCUUCAACUUCUCCAGUACCACCACCACUGGCACAUUCUACUGGUGAUGAUUCUGCAAGUUAUGAUAGUAGUCCAGGUGGUGAUUUACCCACAUAUGAUGAUGUUAUGAGAGAGUCGAGUUAUCAAAAUGACAGUGAACAUCAAAGGGCAAGACGGAGGUAUAGACAACAUGAACAAUAUUAUAAUAACUUAGAGUAAGGGAUAAUGAGUACAAUCAAUAGUGAUUCCUAUUCACAAUGGUAAUUGAUCUUCCUGGUUGUAACGAGUUGGUAUUGUACCCCAAAAAAAGUGAGAAUAGUACACUAGGUCAGAAUAGAGCACUAGGUCAGAUUAUAGAAACGAUAUUUGUUUGAGUAUUAUAAAGCUUUAUGUGGUAUUCGCAAUGUUUCUCGUUUAUAUCAAACAAAGAAAUUGGCAGAGCAAGGGGGGUUUCUUCUUGGUAGAAAAUAUAUUUCAUAAUUACACAUUUGAGCAUGUCAUUGUAUUUGAGUUCGUAUCUGCAUAUUUAACUCAUUGUAUUUGUCAUUUAAACCAAUCAUAGAAAAUAAGUUGAUUAUUAUAUUUUUUAUAGAAAUGAAUAAUGUAUUUCAAAUAAUCAAUUUUGUGCUUGGCAACAUUCGCUUGCUUCCGAUGUUUAUAAUCAAUAACAAGUUUAUCAAA